UCUCAAAUCUCCGCCACCUCCACCUCCUCCUCCACCACCUCCUCUAGAAAGGGAUGUUUCUUUCACUGCUUCACCAUGGCAUGAUACCUUUAAUUCUCUCUUCUAUUUAUCUCUCCCCACUUGUAGUUCACGUACUACAUUUUCGUAUAUUGCCCUUUCUUUCUCAACGUGAUUUGAUUCUCUUUCUCUUCCCAACUUUCUCUUUCCUAUUCUGCAUUUGUUGUUUUCUUCUUCAUUUUUCUGAUUCCGUGCAACGCUUCUCCAUCUUUUCAACAAACCCAUUAUUCCAUUUCCCUUUCUCCUCUUCCUCUACUUUUUUCCUGAGACACCACCCUCUAUUCAUCUCAUUUUUCUUAGUACUGUCUCUCUCUACCCAGUAUUCUCCUUUCCUCCACCUCUGCUUUGUUUCCUAAAGAUAUGAAGAAGCUUGUGCUGAAACUGGAUUUACAUGAUGACAAAGCCAAACAGAAGGCUUUGAAGACAGUUUCUACUCUUCCAGGGAUUGAUUCCAUUUCCAUGGACAUGAAAGAGAAGAAAUUAACAAUAAUAGGAACAGUUGAUCCAGUGAAUGUAGUGAGCAAACUGAGGAAAUAUUGGCCAACAGCAGACUUAGUGGCAGUAGGGCCAGCAAAGGAGCCAGAGAAGAAAGAAGAACCAAAGAAGGAAGAACCCAAAAAGGAGGAGGCCAAAAAGGAGGAACCCAAGAAGGAGGAGGAGCCAAAGAAAGAGGAAGCACCACCAGCCAAGAAGGAGGAAGAGCCCAAGAAGGAAGAACCCAAGAAGGAAGAAGAGAAGAAAAUAGACCCAGUGAUGGAGCUUGUCAAGGCAUACAGGGCAUAUAAUCCACACAUGACCACACACUACUAUGUUCACAGCAUGGAAGAGAAUCCAAAUGCUUGUGUCAUCUGCUGAAACUAAUGUUAGAAGAAAUCGGCAAAGGAGUCCAAAGGCUAUGGAGGAUCAUCAUCAUCAUCAUCAGCUCUUGUGUAUACCCGCCCAUGUUUCAUUCAUCUCUUGAAGAGUAAGUGUUAUAUGUAGAGAUACAUAACAAAUAAGUUUUGGAACUUGUUUCUAAUGCUUCCUUAUAAAUCAUAUUUUGGGUGAUUCUAAA